UCCCGGCAGUAUCGCUGCGUGGGUCGGCGCGUGCAGGGAGGCGUGAGCGAGCUCCUAGUCCGGAGUGCACCUGCUGCCUGUCCUGUCUGCCCGCGAGCCCCCGCCGUCGAGCCGACAUGGAGGUGCAGAAAGAGGCCCAGCGCAUCAUGACCCUGUCGGUGUGGAAGAUGUACCACUCGCGCAUGCAGCGCGGUGGCCUGCGACUGCACCGGAGUUUGCAGCUGUCGCUGGUCAUGCGGAGCGCCCGGGAGCUCUACCUCUCGGCCAAGGUGGAGGCCCCCGAGCCCGAGGUGUCCUUGCCGCCCGCCCGCUGCCCUGACCCUCGCCUGCACCCGCCGCGGGAAGCGGAAGGCGCGGCCGAGGCAGCGCGCCCCCACCGUGAGCUGCCGUCUCCGGAGCCCAUGGACACACAGGAAGCGCCGGGAGCCGAGGAGCCCCCUGCCCGCGGCGCCCAGCGCCCCGCCAAA